UAUUCUUCCUACAGAUGCCAGACACAAGUGGACGCGCGGGUGCACGCGAAAAGCCGCGAACGCCGGCCAUUUGCAUGCUCUGGAGCGUGAGGCAGAGCAGGCGACUAUUGACGCCGCGUCCCCCGACCACCUUGAGCCUCCCCCUUGCACCUGUCGAGGUGCCUCGACGUCCGCAACAUGCCACCGCGCUGGCCCCCUCCUUUCCCUCUUUGUCCUGGCCGUGCCAUGCGUGCCCAGAGCCGCCCGAGCCUGCCAAUGCGCGUGCGAUCUCGUGGCUCCACCCAGAGCUCGCCCCGCUCCCUCUCUCUCUUCCUGGCGCCCUACUCCACCCCCACAAGCACCGCAGACAACCCUUCGCUCUCUCUCUCCCCUUGCCGCCCGAGCUGUUGCCACGGCCACCCGUGCGCCGCGUCCACGGUGAGCCACGGGUCGGCUACUUAAGGCCACCCCCGAGCCCCCUCUCUACUCCUUUGGCUCUCUCUCCCUCCCGUGCACCCCCUGGACCAGCCCACUCCCCUCCUUGCGCCCUCCAACCACCUCCAUGGCCAGAGCCGACCCGCCGGACUCCGCCCAAAUUCGUGCCAACCCGAGCCCCUCCUCUCCACCUCGUGGUCUCAGAACAUCGCCGCCGACAUCAUGCCUAUCUGCCCUGCUCCAUUUCUUCCUCUCCGUGGCUGAAGCACCAAGAUCUAACCUCACCGUCGCCUCCAUUCGCUGCGGGUGAUGCACCGCUUGCAUACGACCAUCCCAGCAGUCGUGGCGCACCUCGGCGGGUGCGGCAUGUUCUCCUGAAUCCGUCGGUGGGCUGGGCGUCGCCAGAGGUGGCCGGUGCCGCCGGAGAGAGCGCUGGCACCACUCGGACUUGCCUCCCAUGCCUCUGCUCUAUUCGAGCGGGAGGUAGGGGACAGCCUGAGUGCCGGGCCCCGCUUGUCAGCGACCCAGCGGGCGGGCCCUGCCUGUUUAAGUGGACACGGACCGGGAGUAAACCCGCCUCCCGCGCAGCGAAGGCGUACUCCAUCCAGGGCGCCUUCGACGUCGCCCCUGCCACCCGUGCAGCUAAACCGCUGGGGCGGCCCAUUGCUAUCUCCCGCCCAGUGCGCAGGAUAAGGUUGGCGAAGUAGACAAAGUACUUGGAGAAGGACCAGAAGAUUUCAAGACUCUGAUGAACCAGGCAAG